AAGCAUCAGCUCCACUGUUUGCUCUUGUUAUGAACCUGGAUAUGCUGGAAAUCACAUGGGGCAUUACAGAGAAAGAUAAGUGCGUUAUAAAGCGCAGCAUUUGGUAGUCGGGUGGAGGAAGACACACAAUGACUAACAUCUAUGAUAAGACGAUCCCCGCUUUUAUCCCCCCCAAUAAAAAUGGUGUGGACAAUCAAUCUUUUGAAAUCGAGGAGGGCAACAUUACUGGUACUGGCAACAUACAAACACCGACUGAAAAGCCUAAAAAGGGACUGGGAUUAUACUUGAGCCAAGUUUCCAAGCCGAUUAAUGUCACAGAGGAUUACAUCAAGGCUCAUUCAACAACCUUCAAAUACAUUGCGCUGGGAAUACUUGGAGCAGGUUAUGUGGCGUACUUCAUUGCAGCCUGUGUGUUGGAUUUCCAGAGAGCCACUGCUCUGGUAGUCCUAACCUGCUUGGCUGUUGUUGCUAAAUCAUAUGCACUUAUCAAGGAGUACAAGGGUGAAAGAAUCAGUCAGUGUUUCAGACCUGCAGCCACAUGGUUUAAACAGAACCUGAAAUGGAUAAAAUGGGUUUUUAUCGUUGUGGUUGUGAUUCUGCUUGUGGUGUGGCUCGCUUUAGACACAAGCCAGCGCCCUGAGCAGCUUAUCUCAUUUGGAGGUGUGUGCAUGUUCAUCGUACUUGUAUUCCUCUUGUCAGCGCACAGAACAGUGGUGUCAUGGAGGUGUGUGUUUUGGGGUCUCGGGAUGCAGUUCUGUAUGGGCCUUUUUAUUAUCAGGACAGAGCCUGGGCUCAUAGCUUUCAAAUGGCUGGGAGACCAAGUGCAGAUAUUCCUCAACUACACCAAAGCAGGGUCAGAAUUUGUUUUCGGGCCUCUGGUUGCAAAUAUUUUUGCUUUUCAGGCUUUGCCCAUUGUUGUGUUCUUCAGCAGUGUGAUGUCAGUCCUUUACUUUCUGGGGAUAAUGCAGAUGAUAAUCCUAAAGAUCUCAUGGAUUAUGCAGAUAACAAUGGGAACCUCUCCGACAGAGACCUUAAGCGUGGCAGGCAAUAUAUUUGUUGGACAGACUGAAGCACCACUGCUGAUCCGUCCCUAUUUGAAGGACAUGACCAAAUCUGAGAUGCAUGCUGUGAUGACUGGUGGAUUUGCCACAAUUGCAGGCAGUGUCAUGGGGGCAUUCAUCACACUGGGGAUUGAUGCAUCUUCCUUGAUAUCAGCCUCUGUAAUGGCUGCUCCUUGUGCACUGGCCAUUUCCAAGCUGUCUUAUCCAGAGACUGACGAAACCCACUUUAAGUCUGAGAAAAAUAUUAAAGUGGCUUGUGGAGAUGAACAGAACAUUUUGGAGGCUGCUAGCAGUGGAGCGUCUGCUUCAAUAGGUCUCGUUGCCAACAUUGCAGCAAAUUUGAUCGCCUUUCUUGCCAUGCUUGCAUUUAUAAAUCAGGCUUUGAGUUGGCUCGGAGGUAUGGUGGGAUAUCCUUCAGUCACAUUUCAGUUAAUUUGCUCUUACGUGUUUAUGCCCGUGGCUUUCAUGAUGGGAAUACCAUAUGAUGAGAGUUUCACUGUUGCUGAACUUAUUGGCACAAAACUGUUCCUCAAUGAGUUUGUUGCAUAUACGCAACUUUCUCAGUUGAAGGCCAACAGACUCAAUGGACUGGAUGAAAUUGUUGGAGGUCAAAGACAGUGGAUAUCUGUCCGAUCAGAAGUAAUUACCACUUAUGCUCUUUGUGGGUUUGCCAACUUUAGCUCACUGGGUAUUAUGAUUGGUGGCCUGUCCUCUAUAUGCCCAUCCAGAAGAGGGGAUAUUUCAUCGCUAGUGCUGAGAGCUAUGAUCACCGGGACUUGUGUAUCUCUCAUCAAUUCUUGUAUUGCAGGGAUCCUCUUUGUUCCUCCGCUUGACUGUGUGGCGCUGUUCAGAGCAUCUGCUUUCAAUGCUACAGAUGUAAACAUUGGAACUUGUUGUAAGGACCUCUUCUUACAAAGCACAAUAAACAAUGGGACCAUUUCAUUUGAAGGAUCAUGGAACACUGUAGCAAAUGCCACUGUGUUUUUCUCUAAAUGUUGUGAGUGUUGUGGUCUUUCUCAUGCAAACGUUUGCAAGUAG